AUGGCAUUACCUGUCCCGGCGACGCAUUCGCCAAAUCCCUUUAGGUCACUCAUGACCCGCCCUCGCCACCACGUGCGCACGCUGCUAUGGAAGAACGCGCUGCUUAAGAGGCGCCACCCGAUCCGCCUCGUCUUUGAGCUCGUGCUGCCUGUCGUCUUCAUAUUGAUCCUUGGCAUCUUGAAGGGGCAGGCCGCUGACAUCACCGUGCCGAGCGGCUGGUCGGACAACAUGGAGUCGACGUUCUCGUCGUCGGCCUCCGUCGCACCGACGUACUCGGUUUACCAAGGCUACCCGGCCACGUCGCCGGCGCCGGCCAAGUUUGCUGCGACCGAGGCCACCAUCUCGGGUCUUCUACUGCGGCUGAGCGCCAUGUCACUCGCCGAGGGCCGACGCCUCGACGAUCUCUCGGCAUCGGACCGCCAGACCUGCUCGUCGCUCUUCCUCUUCCGUGGCGCUGUGAGCACCGAUCCGACGUCACCGCACACGGUGCCCGCUGCCUGCGCCGGCAAGGUCGUGCCGUACAAGCUCGCGAUAGUGCCCGACACGACGUACACCCGGGCGUACUUUGCGGCCGCCGUCCACGCAUGGUACCCGCGCGUGCCGCUGACCAACGCCUCGCGCAGCCUCACGAUCCCAAGCUUCCUCGACGCCAUAGCCUUUUACCCUGACGAGGCAGCGCUCGACGACUACGUCUCGGGCGGGUCGUACGGCCAAGAUCUGAGCCACCCCAAGAUUUACGCAGCCAUUGUCUUUGACGCUGCGACGCCGCGCCUCGGGACGGCCGGGGCACUUGCCUACACUCUCCGCUUCAACGCGACGUCGGGCGAUGCACCCUCGACCACCGGUACCGGCGUCGAUCUCAACCAGAAAGCCUUGGUCGCCACGCCGUACCAGCGGUAUGCGCGCCAUGGGUUUUUAGCACUGCAGACGCUUCUGACGCGCUUUGCAGCGUGUGUUCCAUCGUGGAAUGGGUCGGCUCCCGGCGCCUGCACCGUGGCCGCGAGUACGUCUCUCCAAAGCGACGCCCUCGACGACCGAUUCAUGGUGCAAGUCCAGAACGACGAUGCGCUCCUUACCGCUGUCGCGGCCUUCAACAAAGCGUAUGGCACGUCGCUUACGUUGCGCGAGCUCCCGCUGGACGCACGGCGCUUGCUGCUCGUGCCGCUGCGUCAGGCGCCGCAGCCGUACUUUGGCGGUCUCGUGCUGCCGCUGCCGAUCGCUGCGUACAAAGCGUCGCCGUGUUUUGCGACAGCCGGCGACUUUUUCUCGUUUGUGUUUGUCGUGUCGUACGUGCAGCUCGUGACGGGUCUCUUGGUCGCGCUCGUCAAGGAGAAGGAAACGAAAGCCCGCGAAAUGACGAAGGUGCUUGGCGUCACCGACGGUGCGAUCGUCGCGUCCUGGAUGCUCACGUACGGCGUCCUCGUCCUCGUGGUGGCCGCGCUCCAGACACUUGCACUGCCUUGGAUUUCAUUCUUGCCUACUUGCAUGGAUGCAGCGCAGGUGGUGGAGAGCAUCGGGUUCGCCGUGGUUGCGUUUGGCUUCUUCAUGAUGCCUGCCACGAAGCUUGUCAUCGCGUUGUGGUUGGCGCCAAAAUGA